AUGGACAUUCUCAAAUCGGAGAUCCUUCGGAAGCGGCAGCUGGUUGAAGACAGGAACCUUUUGGUGGAAAAUAAAAAAUAUUUCAAACGUAGUGAACUUGCUAAAAAAGAAGAGGAGGCAUAUUUUGAAAGAUGUGGUUACAAGAUACAGCCAAAAGAGGAGGAACAGAAACCAUUAACUUCAUCAAAUCCAGUAUUAGAACUUGAACUGGCAGAGGAAAAAUUACCCAUGACUCUUUCUAGGCAAGAGGUUAUCAGAAGAUUGAGAGAAAGAGGAGAACCAAUCAGAUUAUUUGGAGAAACUGAUUAUGAUGCUUUUCAGCGUUUAAGAAAGAUAGAGAUCCUCACACCAGAAGUUAACAAGGGAUUGAGGAAUGAUCUAAAAGCAGCUUUGGAUAAGAUUGAUCAGCAGUACCUCAAUGAAAUUGUGGGUGGUCAAGAACCUGGAGAGGAAGACACACAGAAUGAUUUGAAAGUUCAUGAAGAAAACACCACUAUUGAAGAGUUAGAGGCAUUGGGAGAGUCUUUAGGAAAAGGUGAUGAUCAUAAAGACAUGGAUAUCAUUACCAAAUUCCUGAAGUUUCUUCUUGGAGUUUGGGCUAAAGAAUUGAAUGCCAGAGAAGAUUAUGUGAAACGCAGUGUGCAGGGUAAACUGAACAGUGCUACUCAAAAACAGACAGAGUCUUAUCUCAGACCACUUUUCAGAAAGUUACGGAAAAGGAAUCUGCCUGCUGAUAUUAAGGAAUCCAUAACAGAUAUUAUUAAAUUCAUGCUACAGAGAGAAUAUGUGAAGGCUAAUGAUGCUUAUCUGCAAAUGGCCAUUGGAAAUGCCCCUUGGCCCAUUGGUGUCACUAUGGUUGGUAUCCAUGCCAGAACAGGCAGGGAAAAGAUUUUUUCUAAGCAUGUUGCACAUGUUUUAAAUGAUGAAACACAGCGGAAAUAUAUUCAGGGAUUGAAGAGGUUGAUGACCAUUUGCCAGAAGCACUUUCCUACAGAUCCAUCAAAAUGUGUGGAGUACAAUGCACUGUGA